GCCCAUGCAGCCAACCCAUUCGUGGGAUUCAAACCUCAUACCAAACUACCAGGGUUCAGCGACGUUACUGCUCGGCCGCUGGUGGGCUCUCUGGAUAGAGAAAAUUUUUUCUGGAUCAACUUCUAUUCCUUUUCGUGUGAUCCAAAAUCCCAAAUAUUUCACACGAGAAGAAGCAAAGUGGCACUUCUCCCUGUUUACGUGCAGUUUGAAGAGCAAAAGCCUUUUGAAAAUGGCUUUGAGGUUGGAAAGGAGUUUCUCGAAUGGUUCUGAAAAAAUUAUUAUGUCGUCCAGAUAGGUGAGGGUUAAGAUGUCCUCAAGUCCAUUGUGAAAAUGGUCUGUCAAUCUCUGGAAUGUUGCUGGGCAUUCCUAAGAAGCGAUAUGUUCCAAAGAGACAUAAAUGCUGUCUUGUCUUAAUCAUCAGUAUGAACCUUCACUUGGUGAUAAUCUGCACGAUAAAGAGGAUCGGUCCACUCAGACCAAUGAACCUUAAUAUGUUCUCUAUAUUCAGAAGGUGACUGUCUUUUGACUUGGUCCAAUAUCAUCAAAUCCUUGCUGGAUCCAACAGAUGUGGAUGCAAGUAAUGUUUCUGAAAAAGAAAGUGAGCAGAAGCCAAGCAAAAAUUCUCAAAGCUAAACAUUAAUGUUGGGCAUCACUUAAUGAGGGGGUUGUUUUGGAUGGGAUCAUAAAAAGGUCCUUUAUAGGGUAACAAUUAUUUAUUAACAGGUUUAAGUUACACAUGGACAUUACAUUUAACUUUAAGAAAAUUACAGAGCAAGAGUCUGAAACAACCUAUCAGGUUAAAAACUUGGCUUUUACUGGAGUAUUUCUCUAGCUACUCACUAGAGAGCACCUUCGUUGUUACAGUUAGUCCAACAGUUUAUAUUAAAGGAUUCUUACACAUCUACUUUAAGAUGAUGGCAAAACUUUUAUACCUUAUAGUUCAAAUUUUUUUCAAGAAGUUUUAUAUGGAUUGAAUGUAAAUUUCAAAUUGUGAAAGAUUGUGCAUUUAACUCUGCAGACUCUUAACUGCUUUAUUAGUAGUUGUUUGGAAAAUAAAAUUUGGAAGUAAGAAAUAUUAAAAUAAUUAUAACAAUUGUUAAAAUGUAAUGAGAUAUUAUUAACUAAAAUAAAAAAAAAAAAAAAAAAACUAAAGAGAGAGACAUAAAAAAAAUAAAAGCACCCAAAAUUGAACAACUUGCUAUUAAAAUAUCAUACCCAGAAAAAGAUGCUUUGGUAGAUAUUGUAUCUGGGAAUAAGGUUGAACAGCCUUAGCAAAGAAACAAUAUUAUCAUCUGAAGUCGCCUCUACUAGUAAGACUGGCAGUAAACAUACUGAAGAAGCAGAUACACACACAACAGCAGUUACAGAUUGUGAAAGCACUGUUCAGAAUAUUCCAAAACUAGAAGAAUUUGAUAGGCCACAGUUUCCUGGGUCUCAGUCACAAUGGACAGAAAAGUUAGAAUUUGUCCGAUCAGAUAUAUAUGAUGGCAUUCCUGUGUACAGAGUUAUGAAUCGAGAUGGAAAUAUCAUUGAUCCAUCCAAUGAUCCAAAGCUUGGUCAAGAUGAAAUCACGAAAUUGUAUAAAGGCAUGACUUUGCUAAACACAAUGGAUCGAAUUCUAUACGAGUCUCAAAGGCAAGGCCGAAUAUCUUUCUAUAUGACCAGUUUUGGUGAAGAAGGCACACAUUUUGGAAGUGCAGCUGCAUUACAUCCUGAGGAUUUAAUAUAUGGACAGUACAGAGAAGCAGGAGUUUUGAUGUAUAGAGGCCAUACUCUUGAUCAGUUUGUAAAUCAGUGCUAUGGAAAUAAAAAUGAUGUAACAAAAGGAAGACAGAUGCCUGUCCAUUAUGGCCAGAAAAAUCUAAAUUUUGUUUCCAUAUCUUCACCACUGGCUACCCAGUUACCUCAAGCUGUUGGAAGUGCGUAUGCAUUAAAGAGGUCCCAAAAAGAAAUUUGUGUCAUUUGUUAUUUUGGAGAUGGUGCCUCAAGUGAAGGUGAUGCCCAUGCUGCACUGAAUUUUGCUGCCACCCUAAACUGUCCUAUUAUUUUCUUCUGUCGCAACAAUGGAUAUGCCAUUUCUACUCCCACUCAUGAACAGUAUAAGGGAGAUGGUGUUGCUGCAAGAGGUCCUGCGUAUGGUAUUCCCUCCAUCAGAGUAGAUGGAAAUGAUAUAUUGGCUGUCUAUAAUGUAACGAAAGCUGCUCGACAGUUAGUUGUUGAGGAAUCUAAACCAGCACUAAUUGAGGCUAUGACCUACAGGAUUGGUCACCAUAGCACAUCUGAUGAUAGCAGCGCUUACAGAUCUGUUGAUGAAGUGAGAUUUUGGCACCAGAAAGAUCAUCCAAUAUCACGCUUAAGAAAAUACAUGGAAAAUCAGGGUUGGUGGGAUGAUGCAAGAGAGAAAGCAUGGAAAGAAGAGACUAAAAAACAGGUUAUGCAGACAGUAGUCAAAGCUGAAAAACUGAAGAAGCCACCUAUAGAUGAAAUGCUGAAUGAUGUGUAUGAUGUGAUGCCUCCUUAUAUAAGAGAACAGUUAGAAGAAAUUAAAUCUCAUGUGGAACAGUACCAUGAGCAUUAUCCAUUAGACAAUUUUGAAAAAAGUUAGGAAGGUUGCUUCAAGAAUUGUCUGGAACAUUCAGCCAUAUACUAUGUGCCAUUCCUAAAUGGAAAGCAUAAUAAAAAAGUUAUGUGUAACUUUUGCAUUUUAUAGAAAUAUAUGUAAAAGCAGAAUGUAAAUAAAAUUAUUUUUCUUGAA